AUGGCUGAUUUUCACUGGCUUCUCACUUCUCUGCUCUUUCUGCUGCCCUUCGUAAUGCAGGUUUCAGCACAGCAACAAGGAUGUUCUGUCGAUAAUAGCAGACCAAGCAUUUAUGAAAAUAACCCUCCUGGCUAUUUGGUGACCACUAUCCAUGUGGAACCAGACUUCACUGUAAUGAUUGAUCCUACUUCCGCCGAUGCCAGAUUUUUCACUAUACAGGGGUCUGAGCUGCAGCUGAGCCAAAGUGUGGAUUAUGAGAACGACGCCUUGCUGCUGGUGAGCCUGAUUUGCAGGGACAUUGCUGGGCAGACUGACUCCUUAGAAAUUUCUGUGACCAUUCUCAACGUGAAUGAUAACAGUCCAGUGUUUAAACAAACGAAUCUCACUGAAGUUGUUCCUGAGGAUACAAAAGUGAAUGCAACCAUCAUAGCCCGUGAAGAUUUAAGUGCUAGCGAUGCUGACCUGGACACCGUAUUUUACGAACUCACAACAAUAGUGCCGGGCACAGAUGGUUAUUUUGCCAUAAAAGGAGUUAAUAACCCGGAAAUUUAUUUACAAAAAGCACUGGACUAUGAUAAAUUUAAAUUGACAACGCUGGUCUUGUAUGCAAGGGACAGGCCUGUGGGCAGCACUGAGACCACCAACACAGCUACCGCAACAAUAAAUAUAUUUAUCGAACAAGCUGACACCAAACCACCUUGGUUCCUACCCUGUACCUUCAUUAACACGGAUAAUAGCAUUUGCAUCAGCAGCCCCUAUAAGGGAAGGGUCAAUAUCUCCGAGAUGUCGACAGAACCACUCAUCCUAGAGCCGGGGCCUAUCUAUGCUAUUGAUCCAGACUAUACUUUGAAUGAAAAAAUCGUGUACAGUAUCGUUGGUGGAGAUGCAGACAAAGUAUUCUCAGUGCAUGCAGACACCGGAAAUCUAACUAUGAACAAACCCGUAACUUCCCCAGACUCGUACCUAUUGCAAGUCAUGGCCACCCAGGUCAAUAACAUACAGAAAUACUCUGUAGUCAAUGUAGAGAUUAAGGUCAUCAAUAAAAGUAACUAUCCACCGCACUUUGAGAACAGGAUCUACAAUGGGACAGUAUUCGUUGGUCUGGCCCCGAGAAGCUUUGUCUUCCAAGCUGGUGAACCUUCAAGCCCCUUGAUGAUAACAGCAAUGGAUGAGGACUUCCUUAAUAAAGUCAACCCAAACAUUGAGUACUACAUAAAAAACAGCACUGAUUUCAUCGCGACCAAAGAUGGACUUAUCCUGACAAAUGUGGUGCUACAGUCACCAGGAAUCGUAACCAUUGAGGCUGUUGCAAAAGAUACGGUGAGCCUGCAGGAGGCAAGCACUGUAAUUGUGGUGGACAUCAUCCUUGCAGCAGCUGUAAACCCGUCUGAUAAGACACACACUGCUCAGGAUAUGGCUAUCUUAGGUGGUACAUUAGCAGCACUGCUAUUAAUUGCCUUAGUCUUCCUUGGAGUGAUGAUAUGUAAGCAGUAUGGAAAACCAGUCAAAUAUCUGAUAAGGAAGAAGUUCUCCAAGAAAACCUCUGGAGGUUACCAGAACCAAUCUUACAAGCAAGAUGAAUACCCAGAUGUGAGCAUCAAACAGCAUGAGAUAUCAGAAAAUGGCAGUGUCCAGUCAAUGACACAUGUGCUAGAGCAGCCAGCACUUCCCGUGCCCUCUUCCAAUGCAGAAGAAAUUGAUAGCCUCCCAGAGGCUUUUGUAGCUUCCACCAUCAUCUUUGACCAGGAAGAGAAAGAGGAAGAAAUGGAAGAAGAGGCUGAGCAUGAGAAAGAAGUGAAGUCUAUCCUCAAGACAGACAGGCAUGUGGCAGAUGACGGCUACAAAGCUGUGUGGUUUAAGACUGAUGUGGAUCCAGACGCUGGCGAGAGGGUUGAAGUGAUUGAGGACAAUGCAGCAGAUGAUGAUGAUGACAGUGACCAAGAUCUGCAGAAUAAUGAGGACGAGGAGGAAGAAGAUUAUGACAAGGAUGAUCACCACAGUGGGCUGGGAGUCUCCUUUGCCUCAGAGAGCUCAUCACUCCCAGCUACAGAAGUGAUAGUCAGCACGUCUCACACAGAUGCAGUAACAGAAGAUGACAACUAUAUAUAA